AUAAAAAUAAAAAGCUGCAGCAAAUAAAGAAACCCCGCACGCACUCAACAGUCAAAACUCUAUCUCUACAUUUUUUCCUUCCCUCUCUUUCUCUCUCUCUCUAGACUCCCGGCGGUGUCACCACCACCCCCACCACGGCAGAUGGCGGAGCAACACAGCUGCUGCUCAUGCUGCUUCAGCUUCAUAAUAACCAUGGGCCUCACCGCCCUCUUCUUCUGGCUCUCCCUCCGUGUUGACCAACCAAAAUUCUAUCUCGAGUCAAUUUACGUUCCUGCCCUCAACAGAUCCCUUCCGUCAACAACAAAAAACGACACCGUUUUAUUCAAAAUGAAGUUCACGAACCCUAACAAAGACAAAGGGAUCAAAUACGACGCCGUUCGGGUCAACAUCUCCGUCUUCCUCUCCCAAAAUACCACGCGCCUACUCUCCAACUCCACCGCCGUCGCUCCUUUCUACCAGGGCCGCCAGAAGAAGGCGCAUAAGCCUAGCUCUGCCUCCUUCGUCGGAAACCUCACUCCGGCGGCGGGGAUGGACGGGAAGGUGUAUUUCCGGGUGGAUUUUGCGACCGCGGUGAAGUACAAGAUCUUGUUUUGGUACACGAAGCGACACGGUAUGUGGGGAGGGGCAAAUGUGGAAAUUAACAAUGGGGGUGUGAAGGUGUAUCCAAAACCGGUGAGGCUUGGCAACGAGCCACCGAGGAUCGUGAACGGCGCACCGGUCUUCCGUGGAGGCUAUCGUGCGCUUCUUCCGCUAUUCCUAGCCGCGUGGAUAAUGCGCACUCGUUGACUUGACUUGACUUGACUUGACUAGUCUGUAUUUUUAUUGGAGGAAUUAUUUUAAUUAAUUUAAUUUAGUUAUUUAUUUA